AUGGCCCAGACCUAUGCCUUCUUCUCCUUCCCCAGCCUGGAAGAAAAGGCUCAGCGCUCUGGUCCUGAGUGCAGGAGGGGCGGAGCCCCAUCCGGCCCCGGUUCACUGGAGCGGAGCCAAGUGGCUUCUCGAUUUCCAUUUUCUGCCGUGCAGCUGUCAAACCAGGACACAGCUGGCUGGAGUGAGGAGAUGGCGCCGCUCUCGAAGGCUCUCUCCCUCACCCUGCUCGCUCUGUGCUGGGCUGUUGCAGUCGAGGGAGACCAAGAAAGCUUCCUGCUGCAGAACCUGCACUGCCACAAUGACUUCACCACCCAGAUUGUCUGUCACUGGGCAGAAAAGACGGACAGCCACCGCUACAUCCCCAUGAACCUCUACCACAGUUACACGGGCCACAUGCCCCAGCGGAUUCCCUGCGAGCCGGACCCUGACCCGAUCAUCCCAGACUGCGCCAAUUCCUCUUGCCUGCCCUGGAAGUGCGUCCUGAACUUUUCCACCUUCACCAGCAGCUCCGUUGACAUCUACUCUUUCCAGACAUCCCGGGAGCUGAAGGCAGAGCUGAGCGUCGAUCUCUUCCAGAGCGUCCAGCCUCCAGCCCCCAAGCAGCUCAAUGUCACCUCCAUUGGAGAGAAAGGCUUUCUACUCUCUUGGAAUGUCAGCAGUGAGGUGCCAAUGCGGGACCUGGAGUUCGAAGUUCUCUACAAGAGGCAGAAGGACUCUUGGGAGGAUGCUUCAUCCAGGUACAUCUUAAACAGAACCCACAUGAUCUUAAAUGACACCCUCAUUCCUGGGAGCACUUACGUAGCCAGAAUUCGGACCAGGAUCGCCCCAAGCAGCACACUCUCUGGGCGCCCCAGUGCAUGGAGUCCUGAGAAAACCUGGCAGUCACAAGCAGGUGACGAGGCUCAACCCAGGAACCUCCAGUGCCACUUCGAUGGGACCAACCUGCUCAGCUGCAGCUGGGAAGUGACCGCCGCAGUUAAUGACUCCGUCCCUUUCAGCCUCUUCUACAAGCCGGGCCCGGGGGCUGAGGAGAAGGAAUGCAUCCCGGAGUCACAGCCGUUGCAGGAAAAGGCCAACAGCAGUGUGGUCCUGCAGCACUGUCAGGUGCUCGUCACUGAACCCCACAGGCACAGCAACUACCUCGUGACCGUCCGGCCCAAGGAGGAGAAGAAAGAGAUCCUCAGUUAUACCAACAUUCAACCACCCGCGCCGUUCAACGUCAGGAUGACCCCAAAAAACAAUGAAUACCUGCUGCAAUGGGACAGCCUGAAGAUAUCCUUUGACAUCAGGCAGGCCUUUCAAGUGGAGCUCAGGAGGAACAACGAGCCGUGGGAGGCAGCCCAUGAAGAGGUGAUCAGUGGCCUUUUUCAGUUUUCCAUCCCGCUGUAUAAGCUGAAGCCUUCGUCCACCUACAGCGCGAGGGUGCGGGCCAAGGUCCACUCUGAAUAUGGCUACCGCGGGAAUUGGAGUCCGUGGAGCUCCGAGGUCCACUGGGAAACCAAAAGUGAGUUGCCUCCCUGGUUCCUCUACCUGUUGCUGGUGUUCUUCAUCGUCAUGCUCUUCUUCGGAGUCUGGUGCUGCCACACUUAUGGGACCAGGUUGAGGAAGAAGUGGGAAGAAAAGAUCCCGAACCCCAGUAAGAGCCAUCUGUUCCAGACCUACAAGGAGAGCGGAGGCUGGGGGGCCCUGAUGGCCAAUAACCUGGCUGCCUUCAGCAAGGAGAGCCCCUUGGGGAAGCGGGAGUCGAAUGGUAGCAUCUCAGAGCUGGAAGGGGGGACUCCUGGGGGCUCAGAGGAGAAGAGCGAGGUGUCGUCCCUCACCGCAGUGGUCCCCGAAGAUCAGAACCAACCAUUCCCCAGCCAAGACCUCAGUGAGACCACUGCCCUCCCCAUCUGCCGGGCCCCCCCACAGGCCAGCACGGAGCCCACCGGUCCCUCCAAGGCACCAUCAGUCAGCUUUGACUUCAACGGGCCCUAUCUCCAUGAGCCUCACACGGGCUCCCUACCCAGUGUUCUUCAAGGGCCGGAGCCCCGCCCGGGCCAGCGCAGCACCAAGCUGGCGCCAGGGUCCCUGGACUAUUUAUGUCUGCCUCAGGGUGGCCAACCCCAGCCUGGCAUUGGAACUAUGGCGGGAGGGGCUGGCUUCCCGGAGGAGCGGGCCGCUAGCCCAAGCCCAGUGCCCAUGCUACUCCUCCAGCAGGCUCCAGUCCCGGCCCAGGCUGGGCCCCUACGGCCCCUAACUGCCGGGCCAGGUGAGCCCCUGGGGAGAGAGGAGAUCGGGGUGCCACCGCCAGCUGUCCCCGGAGGGUCCUGCUCUUGGGCAGAGGGAACCAAGUACGUCACGGCCAAGGAUCUGAUUCUGACACCGGUGGCCAAGUUCGGGGGUCUGCAACCUGCCACUCUUGUGGUCCCUCUGGCCGGCUCGCUCGGCAGUCCAGGCCGAAGGCCGGCGGCUGAGCCCGCGAUCCCCCCGGUCUCCCAGCCGUUGGCCCUGGAGGACUACGUGGAGCAUCCUCCGGGCCUGAGCCAGGGCCCCCUCAUGUUGAGCGACUGCUCCCCAGCGGGGAGCCUAGGAGACCCUCAGCACAAUGUCAUGUUUAACCCUGAUGGCCUGGGACUCGUCCUCCUCCAGCAGGUGGGAGAUUACUGCUUCUUCCCAGGGCCUGGUUCCACCCAGGAGCCCCUCCUGGACAAGGCCGGGGGACGGCAGGCUCCGGACACCACCCUGGAGCCGGAGGGUGGGGCGGACAAGCGGCUUCCGGCCCAGACCCCGACCCAGCCGCCCGCCAUCCAGCUGUUUAAGGCCUUCAAGCAGGACGAUUACCUGAUGCUGCCACCCUGGGCCAUAAACAGAGCCAGCGAAGCUUGCUAAGGUCUCAUCUCCAGAAUCCCCGCCUGGAUCCUCCACCUUUCUCCCACCUCGCCAAGGAAGCCCCCUCCUCCUCUCCCUUUCCCUUCCCUGCCCUCCAAACAAUCUCUUUGGGCAGCUGCCUCCCAGCACCCCCGGGGCUUGGUCUGGCACCGCGGACAGAAACAGACACGAGACAAGAAGGGAGCGGACUGGGGCCGGGUCUGCAGGCCGCCCACUGGGGAUGACGUUCCCCGGGGAGUGAAGUGCCCAGGGCUGGUGGAGCUGGGAGAAAUGGCCCAGCACCUGGAUCUGAUGUGCUCUACCGACCUGGAGGGGACACCAUGAUUCAACACCUAGAUACGUCCUCGUCAUCUGGACCGCCGAAGAGACCGCCUGGGGUCUCGGAGGGGACACCUUCACUGCCAUCUUUGAGAGGAAGGGUUAAAGAUCGGGUGCCUAAAGUCAUCAGGACAUCGCAUUCCUCUCCGUGGCUGACAGAGCCCGAGGAAGAAGAUCGUCGACCCAAUGCUACCAGAAACACGACACGGCUUCCGAUCCGAUUACCGUCAAACGGACGUGAUCUUCGCAGCACGCCAGCUGUGCAAAAAUUGCAAGGGACAGCCCCGGGGAUCUUUGUAUGGAUUACACAGACCUCACAGAAGCACGUGACACCGUCAGAAAACUUAGACUCUGGAAAAUGCUUAGGAAAUUUGGAUGUCCUGGAAAGCUCACUAAGAUUCUAAGACUACUUGGGGACAGUUUGGCUGGCUGGUUCAGAACUGGGGGGGGGCCUGUCUCAUCCCACCGCCAGCAGGGUAGAGAAGGGAUGGGUUAUGGGCCUGGUCCUGUUCAAUUCAUCUUGUUCAGCCAUGCUGGAAGAUGAAAUGAGAAACUGGGCUGUACUAAGCGCUAGGGUGGAUACAAGAAAAUCAGGUUGGACACAGCCCCUGUCUCAAA